AUAGAUUGAGAAAGGAUAAAAAAAGUUCAGAUGUUGAGAUGGCCAUGAGCGUAGCUCUCGGAUUCCAAGCAUAUUCGAUGGCUUGAUCUAGAUGCUACUCUUUCAAGUAGCUCAUCAAUUCGCAACGUGGCGCGCGCGCUUUACAACGGGUCACAGUUUCUACCUAUCCGCUAGACCUGAACCUCGCCAAUUCCAGUAGUUGAAACCCCCUUCCACCUAACUCGCCGACAACGAACUAAACUAGGAAAACAUCCGCUUCGCCUUCAUUGCAUUAUACAAAUGAUAGAACCACUGAGAUAGCCUGUAACACCAUGGCUUCCCCUCAAACAGAUUUCCCACCUAUCCGUGCCUGUAUUUUCGACAUGGAUGGCCUUCUCAUAAACUCUGAAGAUAUUAUCACAUUAAGCGUAGACCAGCUCUUGUUGAAAUACGGGAGACCUUCAUUGCCCAAGUCAAUCCGAGCUAAGAUGAUGGGAGUUCCAAAGUCAACAAACGGCGACUUGUUUCAUGACUGGGCACAACUUCCCAUUCAGCGGGAGCAAUUUGCUCGCGAGUUCAAGGACAAGAUGCGGCUGAAUUUUCCAAACUGUCAGCCACUGCCCGGCGCCGAACGUAUUCUAUCGAGCCUCAGCCGUGCCUGUAAUAUCUUCACGAGACAGUCGGUUGAGCUAGCAUUGGCAUCGACGACAACAAGUGAAACUUUUGAACUCAAGACAUCAAAUCCUGCAACGAGUCAUCUGCUUGGUUUCAUUCAGCCUAGUAGACGCGUUUUGGGAGAUGACCCUCGUGUUGGUGUGGGUCGGAGCAAACCAGCACCCGAUAUGUAUCUCAUUGCACUGGAAUCCCUGAAUUCAACCGUUGACCUGGGUGCUGGCGAGAGACCCAUUCUUCCCGAAGAGUGCUUGGUCUUUGAAGACAGUGUUAUAGGAGUUGAAGCGGGACGUCGGGCUGGUAUGAGGGUCAUUUGGGUGCCGCACCCAGACCUAGCGGCGGAAUACCAACCCAUGGAAGAAGAAGUGUUAGCUGGGAGAAUGGAAAUGAUUGAAAUUGGUGAUCAGUGGCAGUUAGGGCAAAUCAAUGACGGAUGGGCUGAGAGAAUUGCGAGUUUGGAACAUUUCGAUUUGAGGAAAUACGGAUUUGAUGCACCUUGUUGAAUAUUUUCUUCGCGACAGUCCGAAUGUUCUUACCUCGAGGGUAUUGGCUUAGCUCACAAUUAAGC